GCUAUAUAUCUUAUGACUACGAGAACUUUGGGAAAUAGGACUGCUGCGACUCAGCUCCAAAAACCAAGUGGCCCCCUUGCUCCAUUGGUAAAGACUGUUUCCUAACAUGGCCACAUUCACAGAGUGGAACAGAGGAAAGCGAGUACCUCAGCACCUACAGAGAUGAAUGACAGUGCUACCCGGAGACUGGCAGAGGAGGCCUGCUGCCAAAGCUACAGGAAGUCUGCCAAAGAAGCAGUUGUACCUCUGGGCCUUGUACCCUAACCAGAUGACCAUCUUCCCCAAACCUCAGGAUUGAGGGGCUUUAUUCUCCGGAAAAGUGAAAACUGAAGAGAAUUUACGCAGGAACACAGGCACAGUAAACACUGGAGAUAAAUGCAAGUCUGCUCUGCUGGAAAGUUACUGUUCAAGUUGCUGUUUCCAAACACAUCACAAUGCAGAAUUCUUUAUCAGUACCACCAAAAGAUCACGGCAGUGUCUCCACGCCCACCAGUCCUGGUGAGAAGCAGCGGCCUCAGCAAGCGCUGGACUCUCCUGGGAAGACGGUGUGCACAGGAAAGAGGCAUUGGUUUAAAGAUUUGAAACUAUUUCCAUAUGAUGAGCACGCAAAUUCUCUGCCUUUUAUUCCCGCAAAAAUGUCAGAAAUUUCAUGCUUAAGAGAAAAUGGAAAGCUGAUGUCUACUGAGCAUCUGACAUGGUGGGAACUACUCUGCCGCCUUUGUGACAUAAACAUCUCCUCUGGAACGGGACAGAGUGGGAAGAGUUUGCAGAGUAAGAGUCAGUUUAGGACCAUUGCACCAAAACUUGCACCUAAAGUCCUGACCUCCAGAGUGCUUCCAUGUCACUCACCAUCGCUUUCUGAGCAGGGGACUUUGGGGCCCUCCAUGAGCCCCAAGCCAGUGGGGGUGCCCACCCAGAACUAUGCGCUAAUGCAGGUGGCUGGCCAGGAGGGCACGUUUUCUCUUGUUGCUUUGCCGCCUGUUGCCUCAGCUCAGCCAGUCCAGAAACCCCGAAUGCCUGAAAACCUCAAACUGCCUAUUCCUCGAUACCAGCCCCUCCGAAGUACCAAAGGGCCAGGAAAGAAGCCUGGCCUGAGCUCUCCUGAAAGUGGCUGCAGCAAGUCUCUUGCCCACACCCAGACGUGCCGUGAGAUGUCGCCUUCCCUGCCGGCCCAUCCUGAACUCCCACAGAAACCUAGUCCGUGCAGGCAGAUGCCAGCACCAGACCAAGCCCCCGUGAGGGCCAGCGCAGCCCCACUGGCUGAGGACGGUGGCUGUGGAAGCAUGACACCUCCAGCGACCAACAGCUGCAGAGAUCUGAACCCUCUUGCCGCAGCAGCCCCGUCCACACCAGCACAGCCCUCUGCCAAGCGGAGUCGCUCAGACAGUUCAGGGAGAGCAAACCAUACAAGCAAGAAAGAGCAUAGGGAACCUUCUGCUGUUGCUGGAGGAAAACUUAAAGAACAAGCAGAUCAAGGAAAAGCCAUGAGCAGUUCAUCGCCAGCCGUUCUGGGCAGUGUGGUUCAGCUGAUCCCGUCAGUUCUCAAAGGUAGAGUGCCGAUCUUACCCUACACGAGAGUGCAGGCAGCCGACGUCUGCAAGCCUGGGUCAGACACGAACACUGCAGACGUUUCUUCACCUGAGCACAGGACAGGCUGUGACAGGAGAGCCUCCGUCAUAGAAGGCUUCAGUGCAGCCCCCAAAAUGGCCAGCAAGGCACCUGUACCACCAGUACCAAAGCAGAUUCUUUGUGGAAGUGCCUUUUGUCCAGUCACCAAAACAGAGCUCACCCACAAAACAAAACUGAAUGUUGGAGCAGCAAAGAGAAGAGGCAGAAAGCGAAAGGUUCCAGACGACAUUUUGGCAUUUCAGGGAAAAAGGAAGAAAAGCAUUAGUAAUAAAUGCAGAGAUGCCAAAGAGAAAGCAAAAAACUCUCUCCAAGAAUCCAAAGACCAAAAACCCGGGGCUUUGAAAAAAUAUCGUAGCAUUAUGCCCAAACCUAUAAUCGUCCUGUCUGCUUUGCCUUCCCUGGCCUCGCCUGCAGCCACUCUGCCGUCCCAGACAACCAGCAGCCUGGCGCAGGACGUCUUGUUAAGUAAGUCCAUCACGUCCAAGUGUCUCAGCUGUAAGCAGAGUGACAGCCCUUCCCCCAAGCCCAACUCUGUGUUCAGAAAUGGAUUUUCUGGUGUCAAGAAACCUUGGCACAGAUGUCAGGUCUGUAACCACCACUUCCAGUUCAAACAGCACCUUCGAGACCACAUGAACACACACACCGACAGACGGCCUUACAGUUGUCGUCUUUGCCGCAAGGCCUACGUACGCUCCGGCAGCUUGAGCACACACAUGAGGCUCCAUCAUGGUGAGAACCGUCUGAAGAAACGUGUGUGCUGUGAGUUCUGCGCAAAAGUGUUCGGCCACGUGCGGGUCUAUUUUGGCCACCUGAAAGAAGUGCACAGGGUUGUGAUCAGCACAGAGCCCACCCCUAGUGAGCCGCAGCCGGAAGACAUGCUGAAGAGCAGAGACAGGGGCACCGGCGACCCAGGGAGAGAGGCAGCUCUGCAGCAGGAAAGCAAGUCAACCUUCGAGGAAGAUUUCCUUCUAAACCAGGCAGAUGAAGUCAAGUUACAAAUCAAAUGUGGCCGUUGUCAGAUCACUGCUCAGUCUUUUGCUGAAAUCAAGUUUCAUUUACUUUAUGUUCAUGGAGAGGAAAUUCAGGGCAGGCUGCAAGAAGGAAUCUCACCCAGCCACAGAGGGGCUCAGGAAGCACUGGCCAAACACACUAUUCCCGACUGGAAACAGCAUCCAGAGAGAAGAAAGCAGGUGAAGCUUUGUGCCUCUAAGGAAGACUCUCUUGUGCUUCCUAAGAUGAAAAGACAACUUUCCUUUCACCGUGAGGAGGAUGUGGAAAUACUCAAGGAAAAUGAAGGAGGCCAACUGGAAACAAAGGAGCUGAGGGAAGACCGCCAGGGCCCAGAGUGUGGCAGCCCCCACUCUGUCUUCCUCUGGUCUCAUUCUGGCUUCAGCUGCCUGCUGUGUGCCCAGACCCUGGGGAGGAAGGAGGAGCUCUUCCUUCACUGGGAGAGCCACCACAACUGUGAGGACCCCUCCAGGCUUUGGGAUAUUCUGAGUACGUUCUCGAACCAAGGAGUGAUAGACAUUUCCAGGGAAACUGGCAAAUGAAACUCAGGCAAACUGGGGCUGAAGAGAAUUUUGCUAGCACCUUUCUUUCAAAGCUUUGUUUAUGGUGGUGCUUAAUUAUAUGAAUCAGAAAAAGUUAGGAUGAACAUUAAUGAACAGAAGUGCUUUUUGUAUAUAGGUUUAUUUUCUUAUAAAAUAAAGUAUAUGCCAUGGGUGCAUAUUUUUCUAACCAUAUGCAGUCUUAGCUUAAAGUUCUGUGUACUGACUCUUAAUAUCUUAGAUUUUAUUUCAGAAUAAAUGAAAAGAUCAGAAUUGAAGAUUGAAAUGUAGAAGAGUAUAGGUUGUUCUGCAAAUACAGUUUUCAGUAAAGUGUGUGUGCGUGUGUGUGUGCAUGUGUGUGUGUGCGCGCGCCCUUUCCCUCAGAUGUCCUCUGCUUACAUCCAGCUGGCAAUUCCAUUUCAGUAUAGCCAUAGCAUCAAAUUAUAUGGUAAAUGUUGGUAUUUAUUACAUUUUCUGGUUUAUUUGAAUAUGCUGCAAAACAAUCUUUAAUAAGGUUGUCAUUUAGUAUAAUUUAAAAUCUAUGUUUUUAAAACAGAUUUUUUUUUAUAAUUUUUCUCUUAAAUUCUCUUUUCUUAAGUGAAGAUUAGUUCUUGGCAAGUCAUAUAGCUAUAGUGUUCCAUAUCAAAAUAACAAAAAAAUGUUAAUACUUCAGCAUGAAAAAAAAAAUCCACUUUCUUGGUAGAAACUUAUUUUCAAAUAGUCUCUGGGGUUAGAAAAUUUACGACCUGGAAAGUGAGCCAGAUUGCUCAGUCCAGAUGUGUAGGUGUCUCGACUAUUCUUUCACUGCAGUCACUUCAGAGGAUUGUUGCUGGCUGAUCAAUUUUAGAUACCACUAUGCUUUCAAGCCAUGUUCUCUUUGAAAGUUGGGAGUAAACGAUUGCCUUUUAAAUUCCCGGAAAAUUACCUUGAAUCGGAAAAGUUGCCGUUUGAAGUGCGUGGCUGGCCUGUCUGCAGGGUCAUUUUCUGAGAGCCGGGAGUCUGCUCACCCGGCCCACUAAAACCCCUGCCUGUGGGUGAAAGCGCCAUGCACAUGGCCGUCCCUCGGGCUGAACCUUGGCCCAGGCGUGAGCCAAACAUUUUUCUGUGCUAAAAGAAGUUAGCCAGCAGAAGAAAAGCUAAAUUCGAUGUGAUAAGCCAGUGGGUCUUAAGUCACCCUGCUUAAUGCCUGGUUUUAAGAGCAAAUGUUCACAGAUACAGUGUGGUUGAAGUAAUAGAAAAGGUAAAACUCAAUCUUCUGUAUUUUGCAAAAUUUUAUAAACUUGAGAAAAAGUUCAGAAUCCUCUGAAUUUUCAUGGUAUAUUGAUGGAUCACACUUUCCCUUAAUGUAUAGUGAUAACGUCCGACCACCACUGUUUGUAUUUCUUGAAUCGCAGGUUUGUAAUAAAAUAGCUGUACCAUUCAGGGCA